UUUUAUGGUAUAAAACAAAGGAGUAUCCGAAAUCUUCGUGUAACAAAAUUCAGAAUGAAAUUAGCGAGAUCGAAUGUCUGCGCCAUUGCAUUGAUACAAUGAAUACGAUUGUCAUGAUCAGCCAUGAUGAUUCUACAAACACAUGUAUGUGUUGCAGUGAUAUCACUUGGGAUGACAUAAGUGGUCCAAACUGGAAAUCGUAUGUUCGACGUACAUCACCCUGUUCAAACGGUUAUGUAGGUUACGAUGUGAUGUCUUUCCAAAUUUGUCUAAAGUAUUUCCCAGUACCAGUCACAUAUGAAUCAGCUAGAGCCCUUUGUCAGGCGGACGGUGCCAAUCUUAAUAAGAUUGAUUCCCAGGAAAAGUUCGACGCAUUCAAGGACUACCUUGUGCCAAUUGCCAACAAUUCACCCAUUCAAGUGUGGAUAGAAUCCUUAAAGGUUAAUGGUCAGUGGCAGUUUCAUGAUGGUUCUCCGAUGCCAAUGGUUUGCCAAAUCGAAAUGAACGGAUAUCCAACUGAAGUACAUGUCCGGGCCUACGUCCAAGAUAGCACAAAUAUGUACUAUAAAGAUGCCCCGGAUAGCGAUACAUAUCACUAUGCAUGCGAGUACAGACCAUAG